UCACAAUCGCGGCAGUUGGCCGGUUGCCGGGAGAAGUCGCCAUUGCUGUGGUGUUAAGUUAACCGAGAGGAAGCAGCGGGGUGAAGGUCUGCGCCGGGCUGUCUCUUGUCUCUCCUCCCAGCCGCCAUACCCCGAACUCGGCAACUUUAUCUUUGAUACUAGUAGGAUAUUCCUGGGCGACCAUGGCCUGCGGAGCGACGUUAAAACGCUCAAUGGAGUUUGAGGCCUUGCUGAGCCCGCAGUCCCCGAAGCGUCGUCGGUGCACCCCGCUGCCUGGAUCUCCCGCCACCCCGUCACCUCAGAGAUGUGGAAUGAGGCAGGAGAGUCAGCCCAGCCAGCCAUCCCAGCUGGGUGGAGACUGUAGGCUCACCCCGGAACAAAUUUUUCAGAACCUUAGACAGGAGUAUACACGUUACCAUAGACGAAGGCAGUUAGAAGGCGCAUUCAACCAAAAUGAAGCUGGCCAGUGUAGUGAAGUUCAGACCAGUUCCUCUCUUACAGCUCCGUCGUCUCCAGGGUCAAUGACUAAGAGAGACCAGCCAACCUUUAGCUUACGACAAGUAGGAAUUCUAUGUGAACGACUUCUGAAGGACCAUGAAGAAAAGAUAAGGGAAGAAUAUGAGCAGAUUCUCAGCACAAAACUACAAGAACAAUAUGAAUCAUUUGUGAAAUUUACACAUGACCAGAUAAUGCGACGGUAUGGGGCGAGACCUGCCAGCUAUGUGUCUUGAAAUUCUCAUCGAUCACCUGGGUACCAGUUUUGAGUUUUACAGCUGCUCCACAUUCUUGCCACCUAGGAGGUGCCACGGUUCUCUUUUUUUCCCCAUCUUCACACCGUGUCAUCCAGGUUUAACGUCAUUGCUGGCUGCCUUCACUUAUUUCUUUUUAAUUAUUUUUUUUUGUUAAGCUUUUCUGUUAUGUACAUGAACAUUUUGUUUUAAUACUGCAUUGCCCAAUAAAACUGACUGUAAUCUGACAGAUUGUAUUUUUUUUUAUUUUUUAUUAUUGGAUAAUCCAACUUUAUCCGAUCACCUAUGCCCUAUAUGGAAUUUUAUGUAAGGACUAUAUUUCUUUAUUUUAUUUUUUCUUUCAUGGCGUGAUAAUUACUUUGACCUCUGAAGAUUGAAGAUGGCUUUUGUUUUUUUGAUGCACUACAUGAUUUUUUUUUUUUUCUCCCUUUGGAGAGUUGUGGCUUAAAAAGGAUAUAAAAAUAAAGGACCAUACAAACUAUAACUGUGGCUUAAAUUAGUGAAUAGUGACAUUAACCUGAUUGCUAUAUACAUAACCAUGCCAAUCACAACCUGUUUACUCUGAAAUAUAUGUAUUUUUUAUUUAACUGGCUAUGUUUUGUUUGCUACAGACAAAUUUUUUUUAUUUUGUAGUAUAUCUGCCUGGAAAUUGAUGUAUGCAUUGUUUAAAGGGUUUAUGGUUUUUGCAUGAUCACAUACUGAGUGUUUUCUGUCAUUCUAUACUUUUACCAAUUCUUUAGAAAGAUGUCAAGAAGGAAGUAAAGUUACACACACAGCCUUUAUAUAAUAUUGUGCCUCUAGUGUCAUUUUGAAUUAUAUGGAAUAAAGGUUCCUGGGUUUAGUCUCU